AUGCCUGCGGUACAACGCAACGGCCGGACAGUCGCACUUCAAGAAGAGCAAGAACACAGGCAUCCAACUACACCGAGAUCAAUGCCUUCCACCCGGCAAGGGCCAUCCGCUUACCUCCUCCUCAUCUAUCCCGUUGUCCUCGCCCUAGGCUCCCUCUUCGCGUUCCUCUCCCCAGUCGCCAGCCCACCGGCCGAAUCACUCGCUCCGGGCAUCGCCUCCGACCUGCACACCCAACACUUCCAUUCAACAAACUACUUUGCCGGCAAACGCAACAUCCUCAAUGUAUAUUUUGUGAAAUUUGGCUGGUUCUGGACCACUCUAGCCUUCUUGGUGCUUCAGAUCACCACUCGACCACCUCCAGCCAGCGCGCACAAACACUACAUACAAUCCAUUUUGCGCUAUGGCCUGGUGACCGUCUCGUGGAUUCUGACCACACAGUGGUGCUUUGGCCCGGCGCUUGUCGAUCGCAGCUUCACCAUCACCGGGGGUCGCUGUGAGCCUCAACUGAUCAACAACACCGGAUUGGAAGAAGCUGUGGACAUGACCGUGAUUGCUUCGGGCCCUGCAUGUAAAGCCGCAGGGGGGGACUGGCGUGGCGGGCACGAUAUCUCAGGUCAUGUAUUCAUGCUCGCGCUCUCUUCGGCCUUCCUCAUAUACGAAAUCUACAUCGCCGACCGCCAUUCUGUGCAUCCGUCCGUCUCCCCUCGAGCCGCAGCGGCGGUGGCCCACGAGAUGACCGAGGAAGAACGCAAGGCAGUAGGAGGAUGGGAGUCGGAGUCCGUGGCGAUGGUGCGCAUAUGGUCGAGAUAUUUUCUGUAUGCGGUAGUUGUGCUUGACUUUUGGAUGCUCAUGAUGACGGCCAUUUGGUUUCAUACCUGGACGGAGAAGCUGAGCGGGCUUUUCAUCGCCGCUGGCACGGUAUGGGGUACGUACUUUGCGGGUGAUUUUGUCCCACAGUGGAGGGAGAUCGUGGGUGGCUUAUGA